AGAUAGUCUCCUUUAGUCCCAUUUGUCUUCUUCUUUACAAAUGUAGUUUGCAAAUCUAUGCAAUACGUAUAUUUGCACCAAGGUUCGUCAUAACAUAACGUACCGCUCGAUAUAGGUGGUAUGUACUGGUCCAAUAGGGGACCAGUAGUGAUACAUUGGUACGCCCCCAUGUACUUCAGUGUGCUCAAUAUGGCUCGGUGCGGCUUGAUAUGUACCGUACUGAUAGUUGAUUGGUACCAGUACGAACCGAUAAGGCGAACCAUGAUUUGCACAUCAUGAUAGCGAGCUUUGGUGUAAGGGUAAGGUUGCAGUCAUCGAAACAACUUUUCUGCUAGUAGCUAAGGAUGCGUACAUUGGUCCUCCACAGGAGCCAUGUGUCCUUGAGUCAACCUUUAUAUGUCUAUAUGUAUGUACAUAUAAUGAAUGAUAUCUUUAGCAAUUGGAGAAAGUUCUUAGAGUUUUCAAGAGUGAGGUUUUUGAUAAGAUAAUCUGGAGCAUGAAGUUUAACUACAGUUCACUUAGCAAAUUGGUCUUGUUACUAAGUGGUUAGUACCUUUUGAUUUUAUAGUAGACAUGAAUAGGUAACGCAUCAAAAUUUGGAAGCAUCUAGGUAUAGAGGGAGUAUAGACACUUGCAUGUCUUUGGGGUGAGAGAAUAUUUUUUUUGUGAGCAUCACAACCAUUACAUGUUUAUGCUUGAAGCUUUAUUGAAACUUUGCAUGGAAAAGAACUGUAUAAGAAGGUUUCUUAAACAUUCUAAAAAAUGCAAAUUUAGAUUUAUAGUAAUUUGUAUGAGCAACUAGAGCUAGUUCAUGACAGGAUUUAAAUCUCUCUCAGAUAUUAGUUUUGAUAAAUGAUCAUACCAAUAUGGUACUGGUAUAUUAGGGAGUAUGCUUCAAAAUUAUCUCGAAGCAAGGCUUUCAUUAUUGGUCCAAUUAUGAUUUUGACAACUUAUUAAUUUGGUACGGUCCUGAGGUACCAAGUUUUAAUUGAUUGCAAACUGAUAAAAGGGUUUGUGAAUAUUAACCGUCUUGUAGUAUCUUCGAAUAUUUCAGGUGAUACUUCUGUUUGUAGUGGCUCUUGUUUAGUGUUAUUCACUGGAAAUUCUGCUCAGCUAAGUGUUGCUGUCGAUCUAAGAAGGUCAAUAGUUUUCUCAUUUAUAGUAUGAAGGCUGAAUUUUUUCCACAUAGAACUGAAGUACAAUGUCUUCAUCGGUGGCAAAAGGUUCUCAAUCCUGAACUUAUUAAAGGUCCAUGGAUGCCCGAGGAGGAUGAGAAGAUCAUCAGUCUUGUAGCAAAGUACGGGGCAACAAAAUGGUCUAUAAUUGCAAAAUCUCUUCCUGGUCGAAUUGGGAAGCAAUGCCGAGAGAGGUGGCAUAAUCAUUUGGAUCCUACAAUAAAGAAAGAUGCAUGGACCGUAGAGGAGGAACUUGUGCUCAUGAAUGCCCAUUGUGUACAUGGAAAUAAAUGGGCAGAAAUUGCAAAGGUCUUACCUGGAAGGACUGACAACUCGAUAAAAAAUCACUGGAAUAGUUCCUUAAAGAAAAAGUUAGAUUUCUUAAUGGCUUCUGGUAAGAUUCCACUGUUUCCAAAACCUGAGAUGCUUGAUGAUUCAGAGGCAAUAACCAACCUAGAUGGUAGACAUUCACUUCUUAGUUUGAGCGAAGGAUCAGAUACAAUUACCAGAGCUUUUUCUGGAUCAGUUUGUUCCUUUGAUUCUGGUUUGCCUGCUGAACCAUGUAAAUUGGAAGACCAAAAUAAUUGGUUGGCAUUGUCAACAGUUCAAGACUCUAAGACAGAAGCUUUAACAAAUUUGACUGUAAGGGGAAUUAAUGAUCCAGAUACUGGAUGCAGCAAGCAUACCUCGACAUCUGAUAUCUGCACUAGAUCUGAUCCAGAAACAGAGUUGGCAGAGUGUAGCAACUCCGGUGAGAAUGAUCAGCUGAAUGAUACCUUGCAACCAACAAAAUCGAAGUUGGAAGCUCCUCCUGUUUUUGGUUCUCUCUUUUACAAGCCAUUCCAACUAGAAGAUGUUUGCCUUUCUGCAGCUUCUACUCUAUUAACCACACAUGAUUCCAUCCAACAAUCAUACUGCUCAGCGAUUGUGACUUCGCCAAAUAGUUGUCUGACUCCUCCCUCUGUGACCGGGAGGAAUUCAAUUCAAAGUGUUGAAUCUGUAUUAAAAAGUGCAGCUAGAAGUUUCUCCAACACUCCCUCUAUUUUCAGGAGGACAAAGAGGGAAGCAGAAACGAUGUUUGCUUCUGAUAGUAGUUCGUCACAGCCAGAUAGGUUAAAAAUUCUGGACACUUCUGGUACUACUGUAGAAGGAAAGAGUGGAGAUAACUCAGAGGCAACCGAUUCUUCAAAAUUCAGUUCUAGUCCUUGUGACAGUGGAACCAUAUUAUACAAUGGAAAGAGCUUUAAUGUUUCUCCCGCGUACAGGUUGAGGUCCAAAAGGUCUGCAAUCGUCAAAUCAGUGGAGAAGCAGCUUGAUUUUACAUUCAAGGAAAAUGAUUGUGAUGGUAAUAUUGAACACCUGAACUUGCCUACAGACAGCAGUUCCCAUAGUUCCAAUACCAUCCUUCCGAGCAUACAGGAGAGGAAAUUAACUGAGCCUCCAAUUGGAUCGUAAAGUGCCAAGAACUAAAAAAACAUUAAGAUGGCCAUGACCACCUCAUACACAAGAUGUAUGAUUCUUACAUGGAUCUAGCAGGUUAAAGACUUGAGAUGUGCUGCAGAUCCAAAAUUGAAAAUCUGAGUAAACAUUUGGCGGAUUGGUAAUCUCCACUGAUACCCAGUGGUCAUGCAAGUCUGCGUUGGUUUCUCAUUUGAAAUGUACAGAUGAUGUCCUAAUUUUGCAGAAAUAAGCUAUUUUGCACAAAGGAUGUCCAACUUACAUGAUGUUCAAGCAUCCAAAACGGCAUAAUUGUACAUAAACAAACCCCCUUAAGAUGAGAGAAAUGGUUUUAGAAACCUGCAGUGGAAUAAAAGCUCAUCAUGUCUUCACUCGGCCUUCA